AAAAAAGAAAGGAAUUCCACCUCCUCUUCCCCCCCUCCCCUUAGGUUUCUGGACGAACCCCCCCCCCCCCCCCCCCCUCCCAUCCCUCGAGAAGAGCUCGGGCGCAGGAAGCGGAGAAGGGGACCUUCUGAACCCAUGUUUGUGAGCUUCUCCACUUGUCGUGACGUCAUCACCCGCCUCGUUCACAUGUAGAUGGAGGCAACAUGUUGACGAGGCUCUUCAACGACCCCUCGCUGCUCCCCGACGUGCAGAAAUAUUCCGGCUGGGCGGACGACAGCGACGACGACAAGAUGAAAGAGGAGGACGGAGACGCGCGGGACAACGUGGACGCUUCGACGGGGGCGCGGGUCGGCAGCCGGACGCACUCGGAGCACGCCGGGGACGGCGACGAGGAGGAGGACGAGGAGGAGGAGGACGACGACGACGACGGGGCGGAUGAGGAGGACGACGAGGGCGGCGGCGGCGGCUGCGGGGGCGGCGGCUGCGAAGACGCGGCGGAGGGCGAGCGCCCCAAGAAGCGGGGCCCCAAGAAGCGCAAGAUGACGCAGGCCCGCAUCGAGCGCUCCAAGUUGCGGCGCAUCAAGGCCAACGCUCGCGAGCGCACGCGAAUGCACGACCUCAACUCGGCGCUGGACAACCUGCGCAAGGUGGUGCCCUGCUAUUCCAAGACUCAGAAACUGUCGAAAAUCGAGACCCUGCGCCUGGCCAAGAACUACAUCUGGGCGCUCUCGGAGAUCCUGCGUUCGGGGAAGCGGCCCGACCUGGUGUCCUACGUGCAGACCCUGUGCAAAGGUCUCUCGCAGCCCACCACCAACCUGGUGGCCGGCUGCCUGCAGCUCAAUUCGCGCAACUUUUUGACGGAGCAGCAGUGUCCCGAGGGGGCUCGCUACGGCGCGGGCUCCUUCGCCGUGCACUCGUACCCGUACCCGUGCGCCCGGCUGGCCAGCCCGCACCCGCACGCGCACUGCCGCCAGGGCUCCAACUCGCACCCGCUGGGCUCGCACGGCUACUGCUCGGCGUACGAGUCGUCUUACGGCGGCGGCUCCCCGGAAUACAGCAGCCCUGCAGAGUACGACGGUCCCUCCCUCAGUCCCCCGCUGUGCGUCAACGGGAACUUUGCCCUCAAGCACCAAGGCGCGGCGUCGCCCGACCGCGACAAGGCCUACCACUACUCUAUGCACUACUCGGGCCUGCCCGGCUCCAGGCCCGGUGCCGGCGGCGGCGGUGGCGGCGGCGCUCACAACCUGCUGUUCGGCUCCUCGGGGGGCCGCGGCGGCAUUCACUCGGAAAACGUCCUGCCUUACCACGACGUGCACGCGCACUUGCACCACGAGCGCGCGCCCGCCGCCUACGACGAACUCAACGCCUUUUUCCACAACUGAAACCAGCGGACGUCGUGCGCGCGUGCAGGCCAACUUGGACUUGCUUGCAAUCGUCAGGGAAACGACGGCCGAGACAAAGAGAGAUUUCUAUACCUUUAUAUCCCUUUCCUUUAUUUUCCUUUCAUUUCUAUAACCAAGAGUUACUUUGUAUUUGUGUCGGACGGUCUCGUUCAUUUAGCACUCCACCGGAAAAUCCAUUUCGGCAGCAGGCGUAUGUGCAGGAGAUUUUCUUUUUGUUUCUGUAUGAAUUGAACAUGAUCGGGCAUCUUCGGCAGGGGCUUUUUUUCAUGACCCUCAAAUCUGUUGUUUGGCACCUAUGCAAAAAAAGAGGCACACUUUUGGGUGGGGAAAAAAAAAAAAACAAUAAGAAACCUUCCCUCGUUUCCCACGUUAUUUAUUCUAUGACCCAUAUUUUCAUGUUAAUUUAUUAUAUUUAUAGAAUGAUUUAUUGUUGUUUUUCCCUGUGAUUAAUGCAAAGUCAUCAAAGGGACCCCGUGUGCUUAUUCAUUUUGUCCUUCCUUUAACUUUGUAUUCAAUUAAACCGUGUGGUAAAGAAAAUCCAAUAAAAUGCUAAACCAUGCAUUUCGUCUUCCCUUCAGAUCUGAUCAGAUUGUUAAAUAGAACGAUUAGUGCUCAGAGCCCCUCCUCCUUCCAUCUUGGCAUUUUUUCCUCCUCCCUGCGCGCGCGAGGUAUCUUGGCGCCAAAAGCGAGCCAGAGCGUCACGCGUGCCAGAUAUCUUCAUGUUUGGGAUAAUAAAAAUAAAUUUUUAAAAAAGCGUCGUUUAAAAAUGAAGUGCGCUCCGAUAUAGCGAGAUUGCGAGAAACGCUUCAAUGACUUCACCAUUUGAAAAUCAUUUAUCAUGAAAAAUACAGUAAUAGGUUUUGUACCGUGGAGUACUUGGAAAUGCCCGCAUGCGCAUUUGAUCAGACUCGCUAUAUUGAAUUGACAUAAUACCAAGGGCGUAGGUUAGGGACCGUAUAGGGACAUAACACUAGCAACUUUUCAGGAUGCUCAAAUUGUCCCCACCAACUUUUAAGCAACGUGAUUUGCACUAAAUAAUGACUUCAGUUGUAUAGGUCAUUUAGAUUGUAUUUCCGUAUAUUGUAAGGAUAGAAUUGAGCCUACCAUUAUUAAGUGAAUUACCUUCAUUAUGUUCAGACUGACAUUUACCCAUUUUCAUUUACUGAAUGUGCCAGUCCAUUUUUUUACCCUCAAACACGUUUGAUUGGCUGAUGAGAUGACCCCCCCCCCCACACACACACACACACACACGCACUCACAGCCCAGACAGAAAUACAACAUGUCGACAACAUGCCACCUCCUCCGCCACCUUCGAAGACGAAGGAUAUUAGAUUUUUUUUUUUUUCGGCCAGCAGCAGCAACCACUGGAGGUAAUGUAAAAAGACAUCCAUUUUGUGGAGGUGGGGAACACACCAUUAAUUUAGCUACCGAAAGUCCAACCUGCAUCAGACUUAGCAUAACAUUAAACUGUGUGAAUUUGCCAACCUGCAAAACUCAAGUAUGGGAAGCUGCUUAUAGAGAGAGGUGUCCUCUAUGGGUUUUCUACAGUUAACGUUAAUUCAACUGAGAAAUGUAGUGAACCGAGGUUUACCCCUUCUCCCCAAUUUUCAUUUUUAUUUUACUUAUGUCGCCUUAAAGCAGCCCAAGCAGCUUUCAUUUUUUGUUGAGUUUGGUGGACAAAAGCAGUAGUGUUUCAGCUGCAGAAGGAAGGUUCCAUUUUAUUUUGGUAUUCCUUAACAAAUAAGUUUUUUUUCAGUUAUACUUGUUUAUUUAGACUGACAAUGUUGAGUGGUCUUAAGACAAUGGUUUAUUUUUUGUACUCCCGGAUAGUUAAGCGAUUAUUGUGUAUGUUAAUUUAAAUGUGCUAAACAACGGGGAAAAAAUUAUUCUGGAAACUUUCAAAAUGUUUUAGUGUUUUUUUAAAACAAAGGUUUGAAUCGAAUGACUUGAACUAAUACAUAUGAAAGUUAGUAUCAGUCAAUACAGAUUUAUUUUGUAUUGAUCAUUUAGCCUAUCAAUUAAUUAGGUUCCUAUUUGUGAGAAAUGUAUCCCUGAACCCCGUUCACCCAAUCUGUUUGAUUUUAUUAAUGUCCCGUUCCCAAAAAUAAGUGUACAUGCAGAUUAUUCUAUGUUAUAUUGUCCCUAAUGUUGAGACCAAACCUACGCCUAUCAUCUCGAAUCAGCGUCGUUCUAUUUCAAAUGCAAUGAAUUGCUUUUUAAUGAACAGAAGCUUCAUGUGUCCGGAAAAUCAGAGCCUUGCGCAUAAAACCCCUUUAAAAUCAAAUGCAUCCUUUUUAACCUUGACUGGAUUCGGAGCGGUGCAUUAUGUCUCUCUUCGCAACCGCGAGCGGGAUGAACGCACGGCCUGAAAAAGGCCCAUUUCGCUCCUUUCAAUUCAACAUCUCCUUCCCUCACGCUAAUUCAAAUAGCUCAAAUUUUAGGAACAAUUCGAUAAAACCGGUAGAAAUGAUCGGAUCCUUAUUUCUUUUUCUUCCGUUUUUUUUUUUUUUGUUCCUCCCCGUCUUCAAGCAUUUCAUUCCGACAAUAGGAAAGUUAAUUCUAAUAUGCUCCGUUACUGAAAUAUGUUAUUAUAUUAUCAUUGUUCUCAUGACCUUCUUGGAGGAAACACACACACACACACACACUUCGAUCCUGCCUUUUCCGUUUGCAAAAAAAAAAAAAAAG